AUGUCGAAAUACAGUCUUCAGAAAGUAUCAGAACUUUUGAAGGAUGAAGUUUCGCUUGAGAAAAUUCGGGAAAUCAAAGAGCAACUAGCGAAAGAGAAGUCCACCGUGGACUAUCAGCUAAGUAAAGAGUCAACCAAGAACUUUCAAGAUGUUGUAGUUAGCCUUGAAAAGCUUAACAUUGCUCAAAAGAACGUUAGAUUCCUGAAAGAUAAGCUACGCGAUGUCAAUACUCUAAGCGAAGAAAAUAAAUCUUCAAUUGAUCGUUAUGAGAUUAUCAACAACGCUACAAUUAUACAUGAGCUGAUCGAAAAAACGACCUCGAUCUAUGAUAAGAUCGUUAAUUUCAACGAUUUGAUUGAGCAUGUCGAAAAGUCACUUGACGAAGAGCUAGCUGGUGAUGCUCUUGAUACUGGCUGCCCCUAUCUUCUACACAUCCACUACAUGCUUACAAUGGCUCGCGAUUUCCACGAUCAGUCAUGCGUUUUGGCCCACAUCUCCACCGAUGAUGUCCAGAGGACAAUGCAAAGGCUUUUCGUUCGUCUACCAGAAAUUAUCGAAAAGUUCAACAAGCUUUUGGAAUCGAUAGUUUACGAUUUGAUUGAAGCAGUUAGAACAGAAAACCAGUCGCUUUUGAUACGUCUCUUCAAGAUUAUUGACGUAGAGGAACGCGAAGACAUCAAGAUUAUUGCCACAAGACAUAUCAUUGAAACGAAAGAACGUGAAACUGAGGCCGCAAAAAUAAGAAAACUACCUAACAAAAUUUCUACCUUAAAUGUCGAGGAGCUUGAUUCCACUACCUCACAAUAUCCUAGCUAUGCAGCACUUGCUCAGGAAAUAUUGAAUGGUACUAUUCAGUCACGCACACAGGCUCGUGGCUACAAGGAAUUUUUCUUUAAAGAGAUCAAGAAAUCCAUACAAGAUAUGUUCGUCGAGGUUCGUAAAACGUAUGAUGGAGACAAAAAAUUCGAAGUUCUUAAUAACUUAGAUUGGGUAUUCAAUGAACUCAUAAUCGCAAAGACCCAUCUUUCAAAAUAUUGUCCCUCUCAUUGGCAAAUUUUCCACAAAUACUACCAAUAUUAUUACGAGGAGUUAAACAAACUCAUACAAGAACUUGUCUAUUCGGAACCAGAAACGAUUAUUAUUUUGGAUAUCCUAGAUUACGACAAGAGCUUUCAAAAUACUUUAAAGAAAGAUUUCGGAUUCACAAAAGAUCAAUUGCAAAGCGUUAUUGGCGAUAAAGAGAAAGAGACGUUGCUCAAGGACUACUUGAACUUGAUUGUAAGUAAAAUGCAAGAAUGGUUUGGAAAUUUGACCAAGACAGAGAUUCAAAUUUUUAUGGAAAGAACAACUCCACCACACACGGAUUCAGAAGGGUUAUUGUUCUUGGAUGGAACUAAGACGUGUUUCCAAAUGUUUUCUCAACAAGUUGAAGUUGCUGCGGGGUCUGGACAAGCAAAAAUUCUUGUGGGUGUAGUGGAGAAGUUUUGUGCCCAAUUGGCACAGAGACAAAAGAAAUGGAUGGAUGCAAUCGGCAUUGAAGUCAAGAAAUGUAUAGAGUACAAUCACAAAUUCGAAGAGAAUCCCGAAAGUGUGACUAAAGAUGAUGAAAGUGCGGGAGGUUUGGUAGAAUAUUUGGUUGCCAUUGCGAAUGAUCAAAUGAAGGCAGCUGAUUAUGCUGUCGCCAUAUCUCAAAAAUACGGGUCGAUGGUAUCCAAAGUACACGAAAGGGCCAUUUCCAAUAACAUCGAACAUACAUUGGAUGGGUUCGCAGAGGUGGCAAAAUGCAGCAGCAUGGGCCUAAUCACUUUAAUGUUUGACGAUCUACGGAAGCCAUACACACAAAUCUUUAGCAAAACAUGGUACACGGGCAACCAAGCACAACAGAUUGCCGAUACUCUUUACGAGUACCUGGGCGACAUCAAAUCACAAAUGAAUCCAUUUGUUUAUUCAACUCUGGUGGAGAGUGUCAUUGAGGAAACUAUUCUAAGAUUCAUCGAGUGCUUGAAAUAUGAGCAUUCGUUCAAGAGCAAGAACAACAAGUUUUUGGAAUGCAUGAAGCGGGAUUUCGAAGUGUUUUACAAGCUGUUUGUACAGUUUGUUCCGGAAGAAGAGAAGGGUAUCAUAGAUGACAAGUUCAAGCUGAUGGAGUUCUUCAUGGACUUCUGCUGCGGGCCUGCAGACGGGAUUAUGGAAACAUGGCAGCAGUGUUUGGAGGUGUAUUGGGACUGUCCGGUGCUUUUACUAGCUGCUAUUCUCAAAUGCCGAAAGGACGUGGACUCCUCGAGCACCAAGAGCAUGGUCGCAUCCGCGCAGCGCCUGGCGCAGAGCCCGCAGAGACUGAGCCAAGCCAAGGCCCGCGAUGCCGAUCCCACCUUUAUUAGCCGUUUCCAACUUACAUAA